CCUCUGGAAGCGACGUGGCAGCGCGCAUGCGCAAACUCUAACCGGCUCUUACAGACAGAGAGGAAACAGUGAAGAAACGCGACAUUUGUAAAGGAUUUAAAGCUAAAAGUGUAGAAACAUCUGAUUAUUAUGGGUCUGACCAUCUCGUCCAUAUUCGGGAGACUCUUUGGGAAGAAGCAGAUGAGAAUAUUAAUGGUGGGUUUGGAUGCAGCAGGAAAAACAACAAUACUUUACAAACUGAAGCUUGGAGAAAUCGUCACAACUAUUCCUACUAUUGGGUUUAAUGUGGAGACUGUGGAGUACAGGAACAUCUGCUUCACCGUGUGGGAUGUCGGUGGUCAGGAUAAAAUCCGUCCUCUGUGGAGACAUUACUUCCAGAACACUCAGGGUCUGAUCUUCGUGGUGGACAGUAAUGACAGAGAGAGAGUGGCUGAGUCUGCUGAUGAACUCUCCAAAAUGCUGCAAGAAGAUGAGCUGAGAGACGCUGUGCUGCUGGUGUUUGCUAACAAACAGGAUUUGCCCAACGCCAUGCCGGUCAGCGAGCUCACAGAUAAACUGGGCCUGCAGAGUUUGCGCAGCCGAACGUGGUACGUUCAGGCCACAUGCGCUACACAAGGAACUGGACUCUAUGAAGGACUGGACUGGUUAUCCAACGAGCUGUCUAAACGCUAGUGCUGUCCAUCACCCCUCAUACAGCGAGAGAGAGAGUGCACACGCAUGUGCUGGAGUUUUCAGAACAUGAAUCUAUAGACUCUUAUUGUGUGUGUGUGUGUGUGUGUGUGUGUGAGAGAUGCAGUUUUGUGGAGCCAUGUCUUUACUUUUCUACACAUCAGUCCUUUUCCUUUUGCUUCAUCUGCAUCUCUCUGUUUUACAUGAUGAUGCUUCAGAUUACUUACAACAUUCAACUUAACUGCUGCUUGAUCUCAAUAAUACUGAGACGUCUUUUUUCGUCCCCAAAUAAAACAGCAGAUGAACCAAUUGACCUGUGAAUCUGGAAUGAUUGACAGGAGCUCAGGUGUAUUACCUGAGCCCUGGAAGCCCCUCCCACUUCCUCCAUCUCACAUUAGUAAUCUCUCUCUGAUGGAAACAUGCAGCGUUCUCACUCACUCUUAUGGGAAACAGAAUUUUUUGAGUUCUUUCAAACUAAAUAAAAAGUGUGUGUUUUUGACAGCUAACUUUACACUCUGAUUAUUUCAGAAUCUAAAUUCUUAUUCUAAAAGAAAGAAAGCUGGUCUCUACGGUUUAACAAACGAUUGAGCAACUGAUCUUAUUUCCCCAAAAAUCUGUGAAACUGAAAUCUGUUUACUGUGAAACCGCAUACACAUGUGCACACACACACAAACACACACACACACACCCCUUGAUGUUGAAAAUGAGUGUGUGUUCUUCCUUUUUGGGUUAAUCAGGUCUAAUCGUUGGAAAAUGUUCUGAAUUGGAAGUGUGAAUGUUUUUUUUCUUUCUUUUAAAUCUGUUAAAUGUUAAAGUUUCUGCAUUUCAAAAUCAUCCACACAAUAUGAAUAUUUCCUCUGUCCAUUCAUAUGAUACAGAAUCUGGGAUUUCCUUUGUGCAUGCGUUAGAGUUAAAUUGACUUCCUGUCUGUGAGAAACCUUUUUCUCUUCUCUAAACUCGAGCUUAUUGCAGGAUAAACAGCUGGAUCUCUGAGCACUUUUUACACAAGUGUGUGUAUUAUACAGUGUGCUCAUGUGUAUUAUACAGUGUGCUCAUGUGUAUUAUACAGUGUGCUCAUGUCUUAUAGGUGCUCACAUUCAACCUGUCCAGGUAUGUAGCUGUAAUUUUGACACCGCAGGAAAACACCUUGUCCUUCUGAGAUGUGAGAAAUGACCUGAAGGACAGGGCGUCGUGUGGUGUUUCCUCCUUGUGUUUUAGUUUUAAUGUUUAGCUGAAGAUGUUUGUUUCAUGUCUGCUGUAGGAACUUCCACUGCAACUUAAAUAAAUUGUUUUCCUGAAA